GAUAAGCCAGUAAACCUGUUUCGUAGUACAGGCCACGGGACUUUGCCUGAAUCACUGUUUUGCUGGAUAGCAAUCUCGGUGCUGUGGUAAGGGUGGAAACCUGACUAAAGUCUGUCAAAACAACCACUUGUGUUUAAGAGCAGGAUUAGUUUAUUGAAAACAGCAUACUCAAUUAUCUUUCCAAAGAAGGGAAGAUUUGAAAUUGGCCUAUAAUUUUUUAGUAUGGAAGCAUCAAGACUUUUUUUUUUUUAUGGAGGGACUUAAUGCUUGCAGUUACUACUACUAACACAAGGCCUUUUUUGUGAAAAUGUUCACUAGGGCACCUUUCUUUGGAACCAAAUGAAGGAUUUUGAUCUUUCUUAUUGUAUGACAUGGCGAAUGACCCUGUUCCGUGUUGGUGUUAUUGUUCCAGACUUUGUUACAGGGAGACGUUACAACAGAUGUCUGCAUGCCAUAACUCAUUUAUUAUUCCUUUCCUGUCUCUCCUUCUGCUUCUUUAGUCCCCCAUCCACCUUAGCUUAUCUUUGUGCAUGUCAGUGUAUUAGCCAGAUUUUGAAACUUUUCAUUCAAAUAUAUUUAUCCCUACAGCUGAAUAGCCCUGAAUGCACAACCAAUUAAGGCAAGAACUCAUGGGGACAGAACAAGGCUGGGAAAGCCUUCAAUUAGAAAUGAUUCAGCACAACACAGGCAUGCAGAGGAGUCAGUGGCAGAAAGGCAGACAACUUCCAGCCAGCACCAGAGUGAUUUAUGGACAUAGCCCUGUGUCAUCGGGGGCGGAGUCAGAUGUAGAGAGCAGCAGCACUGAGAGUGAGAACUCCCAUUCCCAACAUGCAGAGGUGGAGCCCAGAAGAGGCCUGGCCUCUCCCUCCAUUCUGAGGCAGCGAAUCGCAGAGCUUGAUCAGCAGAGGGAGGAGCUGAAGAUAGAAAUGCAGCUCGAGGUGGCCUUAUUGUGCGGGGAGCUACAGACUGAGAGGGAGCGACUUUGCAGACACAUGCAGCAAAUGCAGAAGCUGCAGGAGGAAGGAAAGCUGAGGGCUUCACAACGGCAGCUCAAGAGGCAGCAGGAGCGAGCUGCCCUGGAGCAGGAGCGGGAACGAGUGGGAGAGCUGAAGAGGCACUGUGAGAAGAAGGAGACGCACAUUUUAUCCCAGCCGGAGAGCCAGAGAGAGCAGCUACUAUUCCAGCUGCAGCAAGUAACUCCUGAUCUUUCGACUGAGAAAGAAGCCAUAGAGAUAGCAGUGAGGAGCUUUGAGGACAUGGAGUUCCAAUUUCUGGAGCGAGAAAGUGGGGUUGUGGAGGAGGAGGAAGAGAGUGAUAGUGAGAGGGAGAGAGAGAUGUCUCGCCACCAGCAUGCUGUCAACACUGCUCAGGAGCAUGUCCUCCAGCUUGAAAAACAAGUGAAGGAGAUAGAAAGGGAAAAGGACAGAGAGCUGAACACACUGAGACAGGAGCGAAGAGAGCUGCAUCACAACUCUCAAAGGAUUCCGAAGGAGAAGAAAUCAAGUUGUGACUGGCUCAGCAUCUCAGCAUCUACCCCUUGUAUGAUCUCACUGAGCCCACUUAGCAUUCACAGGGACUCACCAAAGGAAAUGUCUAGUAUUCCCAAACACAAGAAUUCUCACCGAAACAAGUUUACUCAUAGACCUUUGUCUGGUCAAGGGUCAGCAAAAAUGAUCCCAGACAGUCAAGUGUCCAAGAAUCUUGUCAUCCCACCUGCGUGGGCUUCAAAUCAGCAUGGGAAUCAGCAUGGAAACAGACUCAUAGCACAGAGUUAUAAUGACUGUGGGCUCAUCACUUCUUGCAACAGUGCCAGCAGCUCCAGGACAUCUAGUCCCUGUCUCGCUGUACCAGACCUGCUGGAGAUGGAACGAAGGCUCAGGAAAGCUAAAGUCGAGAGGGAGCGCUUACUGAGGGACCGGGAAGAGAAGAGGAAGACUACAGAGAAGGAGAGGAGACCCAGACCACCUGAUUCUCAGUGCUCAGAGUCAGCUGAACAACACACGCUUUCGGCUGCUGAUAGAGAACAAUCACAGACAGCAUACAGCCCAUUUCGGGGAAGUCUAGAGUGUCUUCCACUCUCCCUGCAUCCAACAUUUGACCUCCGGGCUCAUGUGGAGUCCCUGGGUCAUGGUGUAGCUGAGUGCCUGGGGGUCUACCUAUCUCCACGGCGCUGUGUAGGCUUUCUGACCAAGUGUGGGGGCAGAGUUAAGACCUGGAAGAGGAGAUGGUUCCUUUUUGAUCUGGAUCAUCGGAGACUAGCCUACUACACAGAUCACGAUGAGAGGAAGCUGAAGGGUGUGAUCUACUUCCAGGCCAUAGAGGAGGUGUAUUAUGACCAUUUGCGCACAGCAUCUUCUUCUCCCCGACCCAGCCUGACUUUCUGCGUGAAGACCUAUGAGCGCCUCUUCUUCCUGGUGGCUCCGAACCCGGAGGCUAUGAGGAUCUGGAUGGAUGUCAUUGUCACAGCCACAGACGAGCACUGCCGUUACACAAGCUGUGGAACUCUCUGAGCAGCAUGCAGGACCAUCCCUGUUUAUGGAAUGUCAUUCUCUGAGAGGGAAGCAUUUUGACUCUUGUUGGAGCUUUGGCAAAAUUGGGUGUGUAUGGAUAGGGGAUGUAAUGAAGAGUAUAAGAAUUGAAUGAGAAGAUACAAAUUAUUUAUUCAUUGAAUUCGGCUAGUUAAGACAAACUUCUGAGCCUAAAUCUUUCAUUGUUGGUGACAGUGCCUCUUUACAUAGAAUACACAGCAACUUGGACAAAUUUGCUUAUACUUCUUUUGUAAGUCAAAUGUCUUAUUGUCAUGUGAAGCACAGUAUUUUUAAAAUAUCAAUACCAGUUACAUACUGAUGAAUCAUUUUAACCGCCCCCAUGUGAAGUGAUUUUUAAUUCCUCCAUUGGCAUGGGGAGAAUAUGCAAACUUCACACCCAUGGAACCCUGGCCAAGACUCAAACCCAGGUUCCAGAGGUGUGAGGUGACAGUGCUAACCCCUGCACCACUGUGUCACCUCCGUGAGUUUUAAUUAUUCAAUGAAAACUUUACCUGUCAUGGCCUGGGAUAUAUUAGAGAGUAAGCUAACAUUCAGUACUAAUAGAUGACAUGCAGAAGAAAUGGGCUUGGAUAAAGAUCUGAGUGACUUUGAACGGCCAAAUCAUUAUGGCCAAAUGACUAGGUCAAAACAUCUCCGAAAUGGUCAGGUUUGUAGGAUGCUCAUGUUCAGCCAUGGUGUAUACCUACUGAAAGUGGCCUGAGGAGUGAAUAACUAUGAACCACCGGCAGGGUGCUUGUCAAUGCGAGUUGUGAAGAAACGCUAUCCCGUCUGGUACAAACGGCAAACAAUUUUCACAGGAUUAGCUGGAGGCCAGACACAAUAUCCAUUCCAACCCCUGUCUUCCGGUGAAAGUACCUACAAUGGACAGGCUAGCAUCAGAACUGGAACCAUGGACCUUUGGAAGCAAGUCUCCUGGUCCAAUGAAUCCCGUUUUCCUGUUGCAUCAUGUGGACAUGUGAAGCAGCUGUGGGAUUGGACCACUAAGUCCCAUCCACAGCCACACAGUCCGAUAAACAGCAGGGUCCUACAUUACAACAAUACGAAAAGUUUCGGCUGCCCAACAACCUGUCGGCGAUUCAUGGUUUUACCUUCCUCAGAUUGCUUUCAGUAUGUAUUCACCACAGCUGACCGUGAGCAUUCCACAAGCCUUGCCAUUUCUUAGACCUUGAAACGUGCCAUUUUUACGCAAUAGUCAGUAUUGUUCAGUUCGUGCGGGAGUGGUCAUAAUGUUUUGGCUCAUUGGGGUAUAUGUUAUUACAGUGGUACCUCAGAACUCAAAUGUAAUCCGUUCAGAUCUCCGGAUCGAAUCCAAAAAGUUCGAGUUGUGAUUGAAUUUUCCCCAUAAGAAAUAAUGGAAAACCAAUUAAUUGGUUCCCGGCCCCAAAAAAUUACACCGAAAUAUGUUUUUUUUUUUUUUUUUUAAGCAUUUAAACACAAAAUGAACCGGAUAAAACAAGAAGAGCAUAUACUGUACUAAACACAUCCAAGCACAUUUAUCAAAACAGUCAUUUGUAAAGUAAGAAAAUAAAUGUAUCCAAAUAAUGUGUUCUGCCCACGCCCACUCGUUAACCCCGCGUGUAAUCCCCGUGUGAUCAGCUGUUUCUAGUUGUUUUCAUUAGCCCUCUGUAUUUCGUACGCGUUUCAGGUUGUUUCCACAGUCCGGUCAUUGUAUUGUCCGUGUGCAGUUUGCCUGCCUUACCGUAUUCCCCGAUACCCUGACGUCUGCGCCUUUGUCUCCGUUCCAUCCCCGCUCGGCACAAGAAUAUUAUUAUAA